AUGACCGAUUCUGCUUACAGAGUUGACUCCAUUUCCAGGCUCGCCCAAUGGCGUAUCCUCAACCUCUCUUCCUCCACUUACCGCAAAUCCGAUCCUUUCAAGAUGGGUCUCUGGAAUUGGCAUUUGUCUGUGGAGAAAAGCAAGAUGCUUUUGAAUGUUAAGCUGUAUCCAGAGGUGUCAAACCUUAGCAGAGAGAAUCCACCAAUUGCUUCCUUUGCUCUUCGUGUUGUCUCUUCUGCUGCUAAUGAUCGCAAAGCUCUAUCUCAUCCAGAAGUAAUAGAUAAGAGGAUCAAGACUAACGAAGAUUUCAUUUGGACGAUUGAAGUUCCCUUAACUGGCAAAAUCAUCAUCGACGUCGAGUUUCUUGACUUGAAGGUCCUCUCUCCACAUACCGGAGAGUUUAACUCAAUUUGGGCUGACGGUUCAACGGAGAAUCAAUCGAAAGAGACAGCAGUAGCAUCCCUCGGACGUAUGUUGACAGAAAGCAUUUACACUGACAUAACGAUCAAUGCCUCUGGUGGAAGCAUCGGAGCUCACCGAGCUGUUCUCGCCGCACGUUCGCCUGUUUUCCGCAGCAUGUUCUUACACGACCUCAAAGAGAAAGAGCUAUCAGCGAUCAACAUUCCCGACAUGUCUCUCGACGCUUGCCAAGCUCUCCUCGGUUAUAUCUAUGGAAAUAUCAAGAACCAAGACUUUCUUGUUCACAGAUUGGCUCUCCUCCAAGCGGCUGAUAAGUAUGACAUCGCUGAUUUGAAAGACGCGUGUCACUUGAGUCUGUUAGACGAUAUCGACACGAAGAAUGUGCUUGAGAGGCUGCAGAAUGCUUAUCUGUAUCAGUUGGUGGAGCUCAAGGGUAGCUGCAUGAGGUAUCUUGUGAAAUUUGGGAAGAUAUUUGAGAUCCGUGAUGAGUUCAAUGUGUUCAUGCAAUCCGCAGACAGAGAGUUGAUCUCUGAAGUCUUCCAUGAAGUUCUCAGUACCUGGAAAGGGUUUUAG